AUGGACAUUCUAUCGGAAGAUGGUGAGGGAGUAUUUGACGAGAGAGUUAGAGUCCGCAAGAGAAAUGUGCUUUCAAACAUAACAAAUAAGUCAGGGGACAUAUCUAUGGCCUACAAGGAUGGUAAUGGAAAGGAUGUAAAGAUUGACAGAGAAAAGGAUAUUGAAGAUCAAGAUGGAUUUCUGAGUGGGACUGGUCCUGGAAAUGUGAUCAGAGGAAAAGUUGUUUUCAAGGAUUUUACUUCGGAGGAUGGACGAAACCAGGAUACUGGUGAAAGGAAGGCAGAGAGUAAGGAAAAUGGAAGUGACAGUGUGGUGUCUAGGAUUCAGAAGGAGUUUGAGGAGCUGAAAGAAAUGCAUAGAAAGGCACUAGGAGCUCGAAGAAAGCUAAUAAAGACAAUGGAGAAAGAAAUGUCUGAACUAAAGCAAAGGAUGGAGGCCAAGCAGAAGGUAGAGAUGGAGAAUCUCAAAAGACAAUAUGAUGAAAAGCUUCGGGAGAAACAGGAGGCGUACAAAAGAAUUUGUAAGGAAAAGAUUCUCGAGUACAAAAGAAAGCUUGAUGAGGCCUAUAGAGUAAAGGUUAUGGAACUUAAGGAAAGAUACGGGGCGUUAAGAAAAAAAAAGAGCUAA